GACUCAUCCCUUCACUAUUCUUCAUCCAUCGUCCUCUCUCUCUCUCUCAUCAUGCUUCUGCAACUGCAACAAAAGGCCCCCCUCUUCUUAAGCCUCAUACUCUGCUCAUGGUGGACCUUUGACGGCGUCGUUUCAGAUCCGCAGGGUACUAUUUUGAAAAUGCGGUGCAGCAAACACAACGCCAGUGACGUGUCCAUCUUUCAUGAGAACCUAAACGCGACAUUACAGCACCUGAGAGAGCAAGUCAGAGACCAAAGCAAACACUUCGCCACGGCACAGUCAUUGAAAGGCCACAAUCCCGCCUAUGGUCUUUUUCAGUGCAGAAACUACCUUUCCAUUCCUGACUGUCUCGCUUGCUUCGACUCCGCCGCUGUGAAUGCACGAAACUGCUCCGUGGGAUUGAAGUGGGCUAGAAUCCUCUACGAUGACUGCUUUCUCAGGUACGACAACCUUUACUUCUUCAACCUAGCUAGAGACUACCCUAGUAGCAUAUUUUGUGGGAAGCAAGUGAAAAAUUCCUCUAUGCUUGCCUCAACGGCGCAAGAAGUGCUAACGAAUUUGAACAUAGUAAUCCCAAGAAUCCCAAAUUUUUUUGCAGCUACCAAGACACCUGUGCCUAAUAGUCAUGGCUUAUAUAUUUAUGCCUUUGCUCAAUGUGUUGAGACAGUCUCACAAAGUGGUUGCCAGGAUUGCCUUUACCAUGCGUUAAUCAACUUUCAUACUUGUCUUCCCAACUCAAAUGCGAGGGCUUAUGAAGCUGGUUGUUUCAUGAGAUACUCCACAAAUGCCUUUUUUGCUGAUAAUCAAACCAUUGAUAUCAACCACUUUUUGAAACAAGGUUCAAGGGAUAAAGGGGCUAUCAUUGGUGAAGUUUUCGGAGGUGCAGCAUUUGCUUUUAUCCUUCUUGCAUUAUUUGCUUGGAUUAGACUACCAAAAACUACUAAGGCUUCCAUAGGAGACAUAAUUGAAGCAACCAAUUUGAAUGGUCUGGUUACUUACAACUAUAACGAGUUGGAGUAUGCAACUAAUAAUUUUAGGGAACAAAAUAAACUAGGAGAGGGUGGAUUUGGUGCUGUAUAUAAGGGAAAUUUGAAAAAUGGAAAAGUAGUUGCAAUCAAGAAAUUAAAUUUAUGCAGCUCAAAAAGGAUACAAGAAGAUUUUGAAAGUGAAGUGAAGCUUAUCAGUAAUGUUCAUCAUCGCAACCUUAUCCGACUUUUGGGAUGGUGUAUUAAAGACUAUGAUAGAAUCCUUGUUUAUGAGUACAUGGAGAACAACAGUCUUGACAAAUUCAUAUUCGGUAAAAGGAAAGGUUUUCUCAACUGGAAGCAGCGAUAUGAUAUAAUUCUAGGCAUGGCAAGGGGUUUGGCCUAUUUACAUGAAGAAUUACAUAUUCGUAUAGUACAUAGAGAUAUAAAGCCUAAUAACAUCCUCUUAGAUGAUGAUCUUCAGCCUAAAAUUGCUGACUUUGGAUUGGCAAGACUUUUACAUGAGGAGAAAUAUCAUCUUAGUGCAAACUUUGCAGGAACAUUAGGAUAUGCAGCACCAGAGUAUGCAAUUCAUGGCCAACUAUCUGAGAAGGUUGAUGUCUACAGCUAUGGUGUGGUUGUUUUAGAAAUAAUCAGUGGUCAAAAAAGUAAGGAAUUGAAGGUUAAUGAUGAUGUUGAAGGUGAAUUCCUUUUACAAAAGGCUUGGAAACUAUAUGCAAGUGGCACACCUUUAGAGUUGGUGGACAAUACCUUGGAAUCCAAUGACUAUGAUGCAGAAGAAGUAAAGAAAAUCAUAGAAAUUGGCCUACUUUGCACCCAAGAAUCUGCUACACUUAGACCAACGAUGUCUGAAGUAAUUGGUUUACUCCAAUAUAGGGGUUUACUAGAGAGACCAUUAAUACCUAUCUUAUUUUGAAACUAAUCCAUAGUUACUUGCUCUA